AUGCCGGACGAGGAGACAAGAACGAGUGCUUCAAAUGCAAUUGCAUUGUCCAAUGAUGGAACCAUAGUCGGUUAUGAAGAAAGUUAUCUAUUUGGGGAUCGAGUCAAGAAUGCUAAUAGUUUAAGCCCUGAACAAGCUUUUGCUCACAUGGUAAAAGCUAUGCUAGGUACGGGACUGCUUUCUCUGCCUUUGGCCUUCAAGCAUGCUGGACUUUGGUUUGGCUUGGUCAUGAUAGUUGUAUUGUGUUGCAUAUGCCUGUAUUGCAUGAGAUUGGUUGUAUAUGCUGCGCAUUAUGUCUGCCGAAGAAGUGGGAGAGAAGUGAUUGAUUAUGCAAACGUUAUGCGAAGUGCUGUAGAAAAUGGACCAGCAUGGAUCAGUGGAUAUGGAUAUUUUUUCAAGCAACUAUUAAAUGUAAAUAUGUUUUGUGCGCAACUCGGUUUCUGCUGUGUAUAUUUUGUAUUUAUGGCUGAAAAUUUGCAUAGCUUUUUUGAUAUGAAUACGACAAUUCAUUUGCCGAAAUCAGUUUGGAUGGUACUUCUGCUUAUACCUAUACUAUCCAUUUGUUCACUUCGUCAUCUGAAUAAGCUAGCUCCAUUUGCAUUUGCUGCAAAUUGUUUAUACAUCACUGCUGUUAUUAUUUUAUUAUAUUUCUUUUUCACUCAUUUGAAACCGGCAUCUGAUUUCCCAGUUAUCGGUGAAAUUCAAAACAUUCCACUUUAUUUUGGGACAGUACUCUUCGCUUUUGAGGGAAUUGCCGUGGUUCUGCCGGUGGAAAAUCGAAUGGAUCAACCACAACUUUUCAUCAAAUGGAAUGGAGUAUUGAAUUGUUCAUGUUUUGUUGUUUUGUCUAUAUUUGCUGUGAUGGGAUUUUAUGGUUAUCUUGCAGUCGGUGAUAAGGUUGCCGACACAAUUACCUUAAAUUUACCGCCGGGACCGCUGUAUCAAGGUGUAAAACUUCUUUUUUCAUUGUGUGUAAUGGUUUCUUACCCAUUACAAUUUUACAUUCCAAUGGAACGAAUAGAAAAAUGGGUGACGAGAAAAAUUCCAGCUGAAAAUCAAACCAAAUACAUUUAUUUUGCUCGAUACGGAAUCGUACUUUUUACAUGUGCAUUUGCCGAACUCAUUCCUCAUCUUGCUUUAUUUAUCUCACUCAUUGGAGCAUUUUCUGGAUCUCUGAUGGCUUUAUUGUUUCCACCUUUCAUCGAUCUUCUCAUUACAUAUUCGCAAGGUAGAUUGCAAUUGAAAGUUUGGUUAAUCGAUUCAGCAUUGUUACUUUUUGCUUUCAUUGGUUUCUCGACUGGAACAUAUUCUGCUGUAAUUGAAAUCUUCAAAAAGAUGAGUAAGCCAGCAUAA